AUCAGAACUUGCUUGAGACAGCUGAAGUAGAGCUCUCCAGGUGUGAAGAGUCACAAGGUUUCAUGUCAGUUUGGCAAAGAGUGGACGCACAGGGCAGCUUGUGAUGGCAGCACCGCAGGGGCCAUUUUUGGCCGCUGUGUUAGUCCUUGUGUCUUCGCUUCUCGGCUCCUCUUCCUCACUUGCCUGUCUGCAGUCCUGCACCUGUCAGAGUGCUUUCCUGUUGAACUGUUCCUCAGCUGGCCUUUCCUCGGUGCCCCAGCACAUCCAGGACUCUGUCACGGAGCUGGACUUUUCUCAUAACCUCCUCAAAUCUGUAACAUUUCACCAGCCACAUUAUAACCUCAGGAGUGUGUGGCUGGGAAACAACGGUAUCACACGUUUGUCCCUGUGCACUGGAAGAAACCUCGGUGGUCAACAUCUUAGAGAUACAUAUCGCUCAAGACCUUGGAACAGACAGAAAUGUGUACCUUGGGCCCCCACCCUGCAGCUGCUCUCUGUUGAGAUGAAUCAGCUACGCCAACUCCCAGAGGGGCUGGAGGGUAUUGAAUCCUUGGAGGUUCUGCAGCUCUCUUUCAACAGGAUCUCAACUCUACAACUGGGAGAACUUAGCCAUCUUCAGCAACUGAAAGAGUUACACUUACAACAUAACCUCAUCACAAGUCUCCAUCCACAGAUGUUUCAGGAUUUACCCCAGCUCAAAGUCCUAGAUCUGAGCUUCAACAUGUUGACCAGCAUCCAUCCUUUAAUGUACCUCACCCUGCAAAACAUUGGAACAGACGUUAGGCUGCUUGGAAACAGGUGGCAGUGUGACUGCAGGAUGCACAGUCUGAGACGCCGGAUAGCCUUUGACAGCAGCAGAGGCCUGCAGGUCUGGAGCAUCAUGUGUGCUUCUCCAUCCACCCUCUCAGGCAGAGAUCUGCUUCAGCUGCAGGAUGAUGACCUGAACUGCCUCAGUACUGCUAACAUCCCAGAGCUCCAUCAGGAUGUGACAGUCCAGAGGGGCUCCGAGAUACUGCUGUCCUGUUCAGCAGAAGAUUCAGUGUGGUGGACGCCCAAUGGAAAAGCGUCUGUGAACCAGCCUGAUGGUGGUCUGCUCAUCAGUGACAUCACAGAGAGUGACACGGGACUGUAUGUGUGUGUGUCUAAAGAAAAACAGGUUGUGUCUGUUUUUAACCUCCAAAUCAGUCAAAUAGGUGGUGCAAGAAGAAAACCUAGAAGUUUGUCUGAAACCAGCCAAUACAUAAUCCAAGCAGGCUCCACAAAGAGUAUGCGUAAUGGGACAAGUCCAGGAGCUGGAGCAGUUACUCAGUCUGACUUGGCACUGGCUGUGUGUCUAUCUAUUUUCAUCACAUUUCUGAUUGCCUUUAUCCUUGGAGUCCUUGCAAGACCAUGUAUCGAUGCUCUUUGGAAAAGAGUCACCGAAAAGAACAUCAAUACACGGUCCCGUGAAGCUAACUCUGCAGUCUCUGUAGAACAAACACAAUAUGACAAUGAGGCCUUCUCCACUGGAGAGGAACUAGAAAUGACAGGACAUCACAGGGAAAGGAGAGUCACAUUUACCACUGUAGACUACAGAGAAGAUGCCAACGUACAGUAUUAUGAUACUGUAGCCAGUGGCAAUCCGGAAAGCAUCUAUAAUAAUGUAGUGAUUGAUUGUGAAGUUAGUGAGGCUCAGAAUAUUAAACAUACUCCUGAAGAUUCAGGAAAUGAAAGUAGCUCACAUCAGAGCAUUUCAGAGGGUAGACUAAAUGAUGGCAGAGAUCACACUAGUGCUGGACAUAGGCACAACAUGGAGUUUGAACCUAUCCCAGAUCCUGCUGAGCUAGAGGAAAAGAGAAGCCUAUCUUCUUCAAGCUCAGAUUCUUCACUAUCUGAAAAAGAAUUCAAAGAGCACCACACAAUGCCCAAGGCUCCUAAGGUCACAGAGGACCCUUUUCAACAGAAAACUGAUUGCUCAAUACUUACAAAAGUAGAGGUGCCACAAAGAUCACUAGAAGGCAAAAGUAAAAUGCCUGGAUUUACCUCUGAGCCAUGGUCACCACACACAACAGACCCUGGUUAUUUAGAGGAAAAUGAAGAACUAUUUGAAUUUAGUGAUUCCGUUCAAAGUCCAUCUCCCAGGUCAGGUAGUAUAAUUGGUUCUUCUAAUAAGUCAAAACUUACUGUGGCAACCCCUUCCAAAAAACACAAGCGGGAUUCUGUGUCCAGCUCCAGCUCAAACAACAGUGAGGAUGAGCCUACAGUUUACAAAGCCAACUGUGACCAGCAAAUCAAGCCUGCAGUGAAACCAGAGCACUCGUUUUCCUCCGAUUCCAGUGACAGUGAUAAGGAGCCACACCAGAACACAGUUGAGCUAGAAAUUGAUAAAGAUAGCACAGUGAAAGUUAAACCAAAGCCACAGACAAAGUGGCGUGAUUUCUAUUCGGAUACCAGUCAGAGUAAGAAUCUGGACGCCAAAGCACCUUCACCAUCUAUAAGAGAUUCAUCCUCUUCCAGCAGUGACAGUGAAGCAGAUUCCAAAGUAGACUCAAGUAUAGACAGAAUAAGCCAAUUCAAAGAGCAUUCACACAUCACCGCUCCAUUACCGGAGUCAAAUUCAUCUUCCAGAAGCAUGAGGAAAGAUUCAGAUAUCAAAGAACCUUCAUCAGCCUCUAGUUCAUCUUCUAGUAGUGAAAGUGAUGAUGAAACAGGCCACAAAGUGCAGCAGAGUCCAGGGAAGUUGGGCAUUCCACCCCGCCCAUUCAGAGAAUCUCAAACAAAGAGUCCUGAUCCAAAUGCAAAGUGGCCUACCAUUGAUCUUCUACACAUUCCUCAUGUUAAGCGGCGCCUAGAUAUCAAAGCACCAUCAGUAGGUUCUGACACAUCUUCUAGCAGUGACAGUGAGGAGGAAACAACGAAACACAUAAAGAAACAGGAGCAAGGAGGUAUAUAUAUGCCAAUUGUUCCAAAUCGGUCAUCUCAAAAAAUAAAACAAGAGGAUAAUAUUCGAAGGCCUGCCAUUCCUCCUGAGCGUCCCAGGAGUAUCAAGAAAGACUCAGAUGUCAAAGAACCUUCAUCAGCCUCUAGUUCAUCUUCUAGUAGUGAGAGUGAAGAUGAAACAGACCACAAAGUGCAACAGAGUCCAGGGAAGUUGGGCAUUCCACCCCGCCCAUUCAGAGAAUCUCAAACAAAGAGUCCUGAUCCAAAUGCAAAGUGGCCUACCAUUGAUCUUCAACACAUUCCUCACGUUAAGCGCCGCCUAGAUAUCAAAGCACCAUCAGUAGAUUCUGACACAUCUUCUAGCAGUGAAAGUGAGGAGGAAACAACGAAACACAUAAAGAAACAGGAGCAAGGAGGUAUAUAUAUGCCAAUUGUUCCAAAUAGGUCAUCUCAAAAAAUAAAUCAAGAGGAUGAAAUUCGAAGACCUGCCAUUCCUCCUGAGCAUCCCAGGAGUAUCAAGAAAGAUUCAGAUGUCAAAGAACCUUCAUCAGCCUCUAGUUCAUCUUCUAGUAGUGAAAGUGAUGAUGAAGCAGGCCACAAAGUGCAGCAGAGUCCGGGGAAUUUGGGCAUUCCACCCCGCCCAUUCAGAGAAUCUCAAACAAAGAGUCCUGAUCCAAAUGCAAAGUGGCCUACCAUUGAUCUUCUACACAUUCCUCACAUUAAGCGCCGCCUAGAUAUCAAAGCACCAUCAGUAGAUUCUGACACAUCUUCUAGCAGUGACAGUGAGGAGGAAACAACGAAAAACAUAAAGAAACAGGAGCAAGGAGGUAUAUAUAUGCCAAUUCUUCCAAAUAGGUCAUCUCAAAAAAUAAAUCAAGAGGAUGAAAUUCGAAGACCUGCCAUUCCUCCUGAGCGUCCCGGGAGCAUCAAGAAAGAUUUAGAUUUCAAAGAACCUUCAUCAGCCUCUAGUUCAUCUUCAAGUAGUGAGAGUGAAGAUGAAACAGACCACAAAGUGCAGCAGAGUCCAGGUAAUUUAGGCAUUCCACUCCGCCCAUUCAGAGAAUCUCAAACAAAGAGUCCUGAUCCAAAUGCAAAGUGGCCUACCAUUGAUCUUCUGCACAUUCCUCACAUUAAGCGCCGCCUAGAUAUCAAACCACCAUCAGUAGAUUCUGACACAUCUUCUAGUAGUGACAGUGAGGAGGAAACACUACAGAAACAAGACCAAGGAGCUUUACAUAUUCCAAUUCUUCCAAAUUGGUCAUCUCAAAAAGCCAGUCGUGAGCAUGACAUUCGAAGGCCUGCCAUUCCUCCUGAGCAUCCCAGGAGUAUCAAGAAAGAUUCAGAUAUCAAAGAACCUUCAUCAGCCUCUAGUUCAUCUUCUAGUAGUGAGAGCGAAGAUGAAACAGACCACAAAGUGCAGCAGAGCCCAGGAAAGUUGGGCAUUCCACCCCGCCCAUUCAGAGAAUCUCAAACAAAGAGUCCUGAUCCAAAUGCAAAGUGGCCUACCAUUGAUCUUCUACACAUUCCUCACAUUAAGCGCCGCCUAGAUAUCAAAGCACCAUCAGUAGGUUCUGACACAUCUUCUAGCAGUGAAAGUGAGGAGGAAACAAUAAAGAAACAAGAGCAAGGAGGUAUAUAUAUGCCAAUUCUUCCAAAUAGGUCAUCUCAAAAAAUAAAUCAAGAGAAUGAAAUACGAAGACCUGCCAUUCCUCCUGAGCGUCCCAGGAGUAUCAAGAAAGAUUCAGAUGUCAAAGAACCUUCAUCAGCCUCUAGUUCAUCUUCUAGUGAAAGUGAAGAUGAAAUUGGCCACAAAGUGCAGCAGAUUGCAGGAAAGUUGAGCAAUCCACCCCGCCCAUUCAGAGAAUCUCAAACAAAGAGUCCUGAUCCAAAUGCAAAGUGGCCUACCAUUGAUCUUCUACACAUUCCUCACAUUAAGCGCCGCCUAGAUAUCAAAGCACCAUCAGUAGAUUCUGACACAUCUUCUAGCAGUGACAGUGAGAAGGAAACAGUAAAGAAACAAGACCAAGGAGCUGUACAUAUUCCGAUUCUUCCAAAUUGGUCAUCUCAAAAAGCCAGCCGCGAGCAUGACAUAAGAAAGCCUGCCAUUCUUCCUGAGCGUCCCAGGAGUAUCAAGAAAGAUUCAGAUAUCAAAGAACCUUCAUCAGCCUCUAGUUCAUCUUCUAGUUGUGAGAGCGAAGAUGAAACAGACCACAAAGUGCAGCAGAGUCCAGGAAAGUUGGGUAUUGCAUCUCGCCCAUUCAGAGAAUCUCAAACAAAGAGUGCUGAUCCAAAUGCAAAGUGGCCUACCAUUGAUCUUCUACACAUUCCUCACAUUAAGCGGCGCCUAGAUAUCAAAGCACCAUCAAUAGAUUCUGACACAUCUUCUAGCAGUGAAAGUGAGGAGGAAACAAUAAAGAAACAAAACCAAGGAGGUGUACAUAUUCCAAUUCUUCCAAAUAGGUCAUCUCAAAAAAUAAAUCAAGAGAAUGAAAUACGAAGACCUGCCAUUCCUCCUGAGCGUCCCAGGAGUAUCAAGAAAGAUUCAGAUAUCAAAGAACCUUCAUCAGCCUCUAGUUCAUCUUCUAGUAGUGAGAGCGAAGAUGAAACAGACCACAAAGUGCAGCAGAGCACAGGAAAGUUGGGCAUUCCACCCCGCCCAUUCAGAGAAUCUCAAACAAAGAGUCCUGAUCCAAAUGCAAAGUGGCCUACCAUUGAUCUUCUACACAUUCCUCACAUUAAGCGGCGCCUAGAUAUCAAAGCACCAUCAGUAGAUUCUGACACAUCUUCUAGCAGUGACAGUGAGAAGGAAACAGUAAAGAAACAAGACCAAGGAGCUGUACAUAUUCCGAUUCUUCCAAAUAGGUCAUCUCAAAAAGCCAGCCGCGAGCAUGAUAUAAGAAAGCCUGCCAUUCUUCCUGAGCGUCCCAGGAGUAUCAAGAAAGAUUCAGAUAUCAAAGAACCUUCAUCAGCCUCUAGUUCAUCUUCUAGUGAAAGUGAAGAUGAAAUUGGCCACAAAGUGCAGCAGAUUCCAGGAAAGUUGAGCAAUCCACCCCGCCCAUUCAGAGAAUCUCAAACAAAGAGUCCUGAUCCAAAUGCAAAGUGGCCUACCAUAGAUCUUCUACACAUUCCUCACAUUAAGCGGCGCCUAGAUAUCAAAGCACCAUCAGUAGAUUCUGACACAUCUUCUAGCAGUGAAAGUGAAGAGGAAACAAUAAAGAAACAAAACCAAGGAGGUGUACAUAUUCCAAUUCUUCCAAAUAGGUCGUCUCAAAAAAUAAAUCAAGAGAAUGAAAUACGAAGACCUGCCAUUCCUCCUGAGCGUCCCAGGAGUAUCAAGAAAGAUGCAGAUAUCAAAGAACCUUCAUCAGCCUCUAGUUCAUCUUCUAGUAGUGAGAGUGAAGAUGAAACAGACCACAAAGUGCAGCAGAGUCCAGGGAAGUUGGGCAUUCCACCCCGCCUAUUCAGAGAAUCUCAAACAAAGAGUCCUGAUCCAAAUGCAAAGUGGCCUACCAUUGAUCUUCUACACAUUCCUCACGUUAAGCGCCGCCUAGAUAUCAAAGCACCAUCAGUAGAUUCUGACACAUCUUCUAGCAGUGAAAGUGAGGAGGAAACAACAAAACACAUAAAGAAACAGGAACAAGCAGAUAUAUAUAGUCCAAGGCAAGAAACUGAUUUGCUUUACACAAAAACCCAAUAUGUUCAUCAUACUGGAGACAUCAAAUCAGUAUCAUCAGCUUCUGAGUCAUCUUCAAGUAGUGACAGUGAAGAUGAAAAAAGCGGCCAGACAAAGAAGCAGAGUUUGGGCUCAACGGGGUUUCAACAAUCUCAAACCAAACGUCACGAUCCUGUUUACACAUCAAGCAGCUCAGAUGAGGAGGGGAUGGAAGAUUUAAGAAACCGCCCAGUUGUAGUUAAACCAGAUUCAAGAUUGCCUGAAAUGGGCCUCACCACUAUCCCCUAUGUCAAAAAGCGUUUGGAUAUCAAGACACGUUCACCUAAGUCCUCCUCCAGCAGUGAUGAGAGUGAAGGUCGGACUACAGACCAACCUGUUAAAAUGGAUAGCAACUUAGGGUCUCCAAAUUCUACAUUGUUUAAGUUUCCUCACAUUUCAAACAAGGAUUCCAAUAUUACAUUAGAAAAGUAUGUUGUUAUAACAGAUGAGUUGAGGGAAAAUCGAAAAGACAACGUCAGCACAACACCAGAGAUAAACUCUGAGCUCCAGUCACGAUGGGCCACAAUGAAUCUUGGUGUCUCCCGAUUUAGAAAGCGCCUUGAAAUCACAUCACCGAGUUGUCAACCAUCCAAAUUGCCCUCAUCACCUCCGCCAGACUCCCCUUCUCUGAAUCCUGAAAACAAACCAGUGAAACCCUCUGAUUCCUCUUCCAGCAGCAGCAGUGAAGAUGAGUUAACAGAAAACAGAGCUCCUACAGGCAUGACAUAUGUUGACUUUCCAAUCUAUAAGCGUUCAAUUAUGAAAACUUCAUCGCUACCUGAUAAUUCUUUCUCCCCCAGUGGCCAAAUGGUAAAUGUUGCACAGGAAAGUGAAAAGGACAGAAAUUCAUCACUUGCUCCAAAGAGAGUAUCCAGUGUGAGCUUUGAGGAUGAAGUAAGGAGAAGGAUUGAACAAAGACACAACGCAAAUGUAGAUAUACCACCAGAGAUAAAAUGGACUGGUGUUGGUCAUAAUCUGUCUAAAAUCUCUACACCAGCACUAAAGACUGGUCUGAAUACAACACCUCCACAGCAGGCUUCACCUGCAAAACCAGAACUUGCCCAACUGUACUCCUCCAGCAUUAAAAGUGACGUUAAAAUAAAGCAAGACAGUUGGAAAUCAGAUGUAAAGCCAACACAUAAAUUCUCAUCCAUUAGUACCAAUAGUACUUCUUCUGCAUCCGGAGGUGCUCUUCACAGGCUUUACAACUCACCCAACACCACAUAUGAGAAUCCAAGCCCUCUUUUGCUCUCUGAUAUGAAGGAAAGAAAAGGCCUCAGUGCCCUAAAGGCCAUGUCAUCAGAGAGAAGAAUGUGGGACGUGGAGGAUUUCAGUGGGGAUGUAUCUCCUACAGUUGAUGACCACAGUCCACAAGCUGACACCGGUCUUUAUUAUCGCAAGUCUGAGCCAGACAACAAACCUCUGCCAGCAUUACAUCUCCCCUCUGCUUCAUCAGGUGAGAGAAGAGCUACAGAUUUGUUGUAUAAUGUUCCCCGCUACAGGACCCAUGACAUUAAACCACCACAAGUUGCCCCACCUCCUAUUCCUGUAACACUACCGCCAGAAGAGGCCGUUGGGCUUACAUGGAGAUCUCCACAGGACAAUAAGAAACAAGGCUUGGAAGGAAAUAGAUCCUAUCAGCAACAGAGACAAAACACAGAGGAACCCGUUGUUUCUUCGCUUACACAAGAAUACCCACCAAUCUAUUUAAACACUUCAAACAUCACUCAUGUUUAAUGACAAGUCAAUUCAUGCUAAACACUUAAAAAGCCACCCAGAUGAUAGGCAUGAUUCUUUGAGCUUAAGUUAUCCAGUGAAUGUCAAAAACAUUGUGAAUUGUAUAUUAUGUGUGACUUUGGAAUGAAAUGUAAGCUAUAAUCAUUUGUUGGUUAGAGCUGCCACAGAGCGGUUAAAUGCAGUCUUUAAUGAUGCACCAUGGUUAUCUUUUAUGUUUGACUUAUUUCUGCAAAAUAAGAUGCCAAAUCAGUUAUUUACUUGCAUUCAUGAACAGAAUUUCUGACUUCUGAAGGAAGUCCGGUGUGAUGGCUACAUUCAGCGAUGUUUAGUUUUAACCUGUUAAAGACUAAAUCAUGAAAUAAUUUACAGAAUUUUUUUGUAUCUCUAAUUGAACAUUUUAGCAAAUAAUAAUAAUAAAACAAUAUAUCAAUUUGCACAUA